UGGAAAGAAUUGCUUCGUAUAUAAGCCACCGAAGCAGCUUACAGCUUAUAAAUGAUAAGAGAGGUACAGGAGAGUUUUUAGAGAGAGAAACAAGUUAUAUAUUAAAGAAAGAAUCAUACACACAGGUUUAGAGAGAGAAAGUAAGAAGCAGACGGCCAUGGCGGAUUCAUCUGAUUCCGUCUCUGUUGAUAUGGAAACCAUUUAUCUUGGUGGAAAGGAGCAUAUCAUUCGGACUGGCCGUGGUUCUGUGUCUGUAAUUGUGUAUGGAGACCAAGAAAAGCCACCUCUGAUUACAUAUCCUGAUUUAGCUCUAAAUCAUAUGUUGUGUUUCCAAGGAUUAUUCUUCUGCCCCGAAGCGGCUUCGUUACUUCUCCAUAAUUUCUGCAUUUAUCACAUCAGUCCACCUGGGCAUGAGUUAGGAGCAGCAGCAAUUUGUCCAGAUGAUCCCAUUCUAUCUGUGGAGGAUUUAUGUGAUCAGAUCCUCGAGGUCCUCAAUUAUUUUAGGCUUGGUGCAGUGAUGUGCAUGGGGGCUAUGGCGGGCGCCUACAUCCUGACACUCUUUGCGACGAAGUAUAGAGACAGAGUUACUGGUUUAAUACUUGUUUCUCCUCUUUGCAAAGCACCUUCAUGGACCGAAUGGUUUUACAAUAAGUUGAUGUCGAAUUUGCUCUAUUACUACGGUAUGUGUGGACUAUUGAAAGAAUGUUUGCUUCAAAGAUACUUCAGCAAGGAAGUUCGAGGUAAUCCAGAAAUCCCAGAAUCAGAUAUAGUUCAAUCUUGCAGAAAGUUAUUAGAUGAAAGACAGAGUAUAAACGUCUGGCGGUAUCUGCAAGCAAUCGAUGGGAGACCGGACAUUACCGAAGGUUUGAAGAAGCUAAAAUGCAGAACGCUUAUCUUUGUUGGGGAUAGUUCCCCGUUCCAUUCUGAAUCACUUCACAUGACUGCAAAAUUGGACAGGCGAUAUAGUGCUCUUGUUGAGGUACAAGUUUGUGGAUCAAUGGUGACAGAAGAGCAACCACAUGCAAUGUUGAUACCCAUGGAGUAUUUUUUAAUGGGGUAUGGACUUUAUAGGCCGAGCCAAUUUACGGGUAGUCCGAGGAGCCCACUAAGUCCAUCAUGCAUAUCUCCUGAGCUACUAUCUCCGGAAAGCAUGGGGUUGAAGCUAAAACCGAUAAAAACCCGGGUAUCAUCACCUCACUCGAACACCAUUGAGAGGUAAAAAUUAUUUCUUGCAAUACAAAACAAAAAAAGAUCAAUCACGGGGUUUGCGUACAGUUUGUUGGUAAAAUUUUUUUGUCAAUUUUUAAUUUUUUUCCGAUUCAAGGGUAGAUAUAUACAACAUAUCAUAUAUGUAGAUAUAGAGGAGAAAUGGGGAAAAUAUUCUUUGAAAUGGUGGACAUAUUCAUUUGUAGGGCUGGUGGUCAUAAAAACAGAAACAUUGUAUUUUGUAAAGGAGAAUAUGAUGCAUUUAUUUAUGAUGAAAAGCAAUAAUACCUUCUCUUUUUGUAGCCUGUCAA